UGCACUAUGGGGAAAAUUACCACUUUAUCUGGCAUUUGCAUGUUUUUUAAAAGUUUUCUAAUUACGACAAUUUUACUGUUAACGCAUUAAGAAAACAUCAGACUGUUAUGCCCCAAACUCAAAAUGUUAAAUUUAACAGUCCCCUGUUAGAAAAACGGCUGUUAAGUCAGCUGUUGCAAUCGAAAGCACGUGCGGCUAAGUUGUGUGAAUUUGUACGCUGAGUUUGGAUUUUAAUAUUUAAUGAUGGAACAACAACUAGAGGAAAACCAAAACAUGAAUGCUGAUCUCGCAGGUAACCUCACUUUUUCCAACGUCGACUUGUUUGCAGUGUGGAAUAGCGAGAGGGGCCGGCACGAGCGAGAGAAGGCCGUUCAAAGAUAUUUUGAACUGCAUGCGUGCAAUAAUGUGGAUGAUAAUAUUUUAAAACAUAAAAGUCACCAAUUUUGCAACAAUUUGUAUUACAACUGGCUUAAAUGUCAUAGCUCUUAUAAGAACUUCGAAACAAAACAUUCCACAUGGAUGAAAGGCAACACAACUUUGCCUUUAAAAAAAAGUAACAGACCAGUUGGACGACCACUACUUCCAUUUGAAUCGAAAGGCGAAAGGGCUCAAAGACUGCAAGCAGCGGAACUUUCCAAAUUCCAAGGGGACGAUGUUUUUUUGCUAGUACAUGCAGCAACCGCAGCUGCCCGGAAACAAGGACUACAUGAUCUUGCUGCAGUUCUUCAAAUACUAGGAAGUACCCCGGAAAAAGCCAAGCAAGUCAGAGAAGGAUUGACAAAGCCCGUUGAUCAGCCUAUAAGUGCGUCCAAAGACGAAGCGUUGGCAUUAAUUUUGGAUCAAGGAUUGACCAAGGAGCAGUACUGUUCUAUCCGAGAUGACAUUCAACAAGAUGAGCUUGAAGACAACAGUCUAUUUUUUCUUGAAAACUUCGAGCUGGAAAAUGAAGAAAAUGAUGAAAAUAAAGAAAAUUAAUUAAAAACUGGGUUUUCACAAUUUUUAGGGC